CGCGGCGAGCUGUCACCGAGCAGCACGUGAACGCGGGGCAGAUGAGCUAGCUCGGUUCAGGCGUUACGUAACGGGCUGAUGCUGCCGGAGCCGAGUGGCCGGCGCCCAUGUGCGGCCUAAGUUUCAGGACCAGAAACAGUCCGUCGCAGAAAACCUCCCUCCGAUGGGGAGACUGCUGUCACACCAAUCCGCGCGCGGCACCUCACUGACAUAUCACUAAAAUUGUGCAAUAUAAUAACUGUAGUUGUUCUGUUUGUUUUUGAAUCACAUUUAUAUUGUCUAAAAUUAUACGUAUGAAGCGUUGGUUAUCAUGAUGGACGAGAUUAUGGUGUCGUGUGAGUGUUAACGCCAGAGCUUACAUUCACCUUUCGGCGCGAAAGCGGGAUCUUUUUGCAUUACAAGUGAGCAGCACUCAUCAUCCAAGAUGAUCAACGUAGCGGGCGUAAUCAGCAUCAUCCUGUUUUACGUGCUCAUCCUGGCUGUGGGCAUCUGGGCCGGACGCAAGAAGCCGGCCGGCAAUGACUCCGAGGAGGAGGUCAUGCUGGCUGGCCGGUCUAUAGGGCUCUUCGUCGGCAUAUUCACCAUGACUGCGACGUGGGUGGGCGGCGGGUACAUCAACGGCACCGCGGAGGCCAUCUACACGUCGGGCCUGGUGUGGUGCCAGGCGCCCUUCGGGUACGCCCUCUCGCUUGUCUUUGGCGGGAUAUUCUUCGCAAACCCGAUGCGGCGGCAGGGCUACGUGACCAUGCUGGACCCGCUGCAAGACUCCUUCGGCAGCCGCAUGGGCGGGCUGCUGUUCCUGCCCGCCCUCUGCGGAGAGGUGUUCUGGGCUGCUGGCAUUUUGGCAGCACUCGGAGCUACACUGGCCGUCAUCAUCGACAUGGACCACCGCACCUCAGUCAUCUUCAGCGCGUGCGUGGCCGUCUUUUACACCUUGUUCGGGGGCCUGUACUCUGUAGCCUACACUGACGUCAUCCAGCUGUUCUGCAUCUUUAUCGGGCUGUGGAUGUGCAUUCCGUUUGCGUGGGCCAACUCGCACGUGAAGCCGCUGAGCUCCAUGGAAGUGGACUGGAUCGGGAGGGUGGAGCCGGAGUACUACUGGUUCUAUGUUGAUUACGGGCUGCUGCUGAUCUUCGGAGGGAUACCAUGGCAGGUAUACUUCCAGCGAGUGUUGAGCAGCAAGACGGCGGGGCGUGCUCAGAUCCUGUCGUACGUGGCGGCCUUCGGAUGCAUUAUCAUGGCCCUGCCGCCCGUGCUCAUUGGGGCCAUAGCCAAGGCCACUGCAUGGAACGAGACGGAAUACCAUGGCGCGCUGACCCCGACCGGCGAGCUGCCCCCGGAGCAGACCUCCAUGAUCCUGCCGCUGGUGCUGCAGCACCUGACUCCUGACUUCGUGUCCUUCUUCGGGCUGGGCGCAGUCUCCGCAGCCGUCAUGUCCUCCGCCGAUUCGAGCGUACUCAGCGCCUCGUCAAUGUUCGCGAGGAAUGUGUACAAGCUGAUCUUCCGUCAGAACGCGUCUGAAAUGGAAAUCAUCUGGGUGAUGAGGGUCGCCAUCCUGGUGGUGGGAGUGCUGGCUACCGUCAUGGCACUCACCAUCCCCUCCAUAUACGGCCUCUGGUCCAUGUGCUCCGACCUGGUGUACGUGAUCCUGUUCCCCCAACUCCUGAUGGUGGUCCACUUCAAGAAGCACUGCAACACGUACGGCUCGCUCGCCGCCUACAUAGUGGCGGCGCUAGUUCGACUCUCGGGUGGUGAGAAGCUGCUGGGACUGCCGCCCCUGAUCCAUUACCCGGGCUGGGACCCGGUUAAUGAAGUCCAGCUGUUCCCGUUCAGGACCAUGGCGAUGGUCAUGUCGCUGUUCACGCUCGCGUUCAUCUCCUGGCUGUCCGUGUACCUAUUCAACUCCGGGUACUUGAGCCCCGAGUCGGACUACUUCAACUGCGUGGUGAACAUCCCCGAGGACAUCAGACGCGUGGACGAGCCGAGCGAGGCGGGCGAGCAGAUGUCUGUACUCGGCGGCGUGCCAGGGAGGCUGUAUGGCGCCGCCUCCACUCUCGUUGGCCCCGACGAGUCCACCGGCCGCAUAAACCCCGCCCUCGAACCCGACGACGACCUCGACGACCCCAACGAUGGACCCACACCCCUGUUCGGCACCAGCAACGCCCCCCCACCAGUCCAACCGUUCGGAAAGCAAACCGCUUUCUGAGAUCAGUAAUCUCCCGGCACUCCCAGCAGUGUCCCACCCCCAUUAGUGCAGCCCGAGACGACCCUGUAUUUAGAAUCGUGCUCAAUGUCACAUCACCGAUUUCUUCCCAGGACACAGUUUUGUAUGUCUCACUGAAACCAUCGCCCUAUUCUAAUAUGAUCCGCGCCACAGAGCGAAUCACUAAUAUAAUGAACUUAUUAUAGGAAUGCAUUGAAGCAAUAGCGUAUGACCUAGUGAAUGUAUAAAAUGAAUAUAAGCAAACUUAUUUUGUAGCCAAGUUUAAUGUUAAUGACGCAAAUGAUACAUAUCAUGAUCGAGUGUUACUUUGAGAUUAGAAGAUAUUUUAUAAUAUAUACUGUCUUGUUUAUAUUGAAGAAGAUUCCUUAUUUAAGUCAAUUAAUGUAGAGAGCACAUAAUAUGUUACGUGCGUGCUUUAUAGAUCGUAUUGUAACGAAAUAUAUGAUUAUAUGAAUCGUAGUAACGAUCACGAAUAAAAUUAUAUGAAUAUGAUUGAUGCUACAUUAUUGUGACCAAAGUAAUAUUCAAAUAUAUUAAAUACGACGAAUGGUUGAAAUUUUAUAUAAUCUAAUUGAGAUGUUUAAUCAUAUCGCUUGUGAAGCAAACGUAAGAUCAAUUCAAAUUAUUAUAAAACAAAUUUAAUACAUAUCACUAUUGUAAUAAUUGACUUUUAGUGGGUUUAGUGAAAUUGCAUACGAUAGAAUGAUAAAUGGUUGACACACGAAGAACUGUAGCGCAUUUUUUUUAAUGUAGUACAAAUUAGUGGCAAAUUAUUUUUUAUCAAAGCUUUAUCUGUAUAUUUCAAUAUUUCUUUUUAUAUUGUUUAAUUUAUACUUAGGCUAUAGAAUUUCCGCUUUGUUAAAAUAAUGAUAAAAAAUUAAGAGUAAUUAAAGAAAGGUUUCGUGCUGUCAGUGAAGGUAUAAAGAUGUCAUCUAUGUAAGGACACAAGAUAACAAAAUAUUUAUCUACUUUUGCUAUAUUGUAGCAUUCCCAUUCUUUAAACAAACAGGUGUGCAAAACUAGUCGCACAUUAAUAAAAAAAUUGUAUUGCAUCAUUGGGUGAUGAAUCCUAUUAAAAUAUAAUGUUAUUUGAUUGUAACCUUUCUCUAAGUCCAAUAUUACGACUCAUUAUUGAUAGAUAAUUUCUAAUGAGCCAUUACGGCCUAAGAGGUUAUGGGUGUAUUGUGAUCAAUUGUCAAGCAUCAAUCGAUUAAUAGAAACAUAUUCAUGUUGAAUUAUCUUCCGUAUAGUCACUGAUAGUACGGAUACCUUUCAAUAUUUUAGAGGAUUUAAUGUGUAUCGGUGUUCAAAGAUAUUAAUUGUAAACUGACAUGAUAUCCCACCGACCUGGCGUGUCUAAACAAUGUUUAAAUAAUUGAUGUACUCACCACUUACGCUUUUAAAUGUACUCUUUAAAGAUGACUUCAUUAUUGGUGUAUGUAAUGUUAUCAAAUAUGAACCUGGCUUUUGAUAUUGUUUUAAGAGAAACUUAUGUGAGAGUCGUCUAAACGACUUUUAGAUUAUAUUGGAGAUGUUUACGAAAUGUUUUGCAAAACCCUUUAUUGUGAUAUAAAUGUGUAUUACAGCGUUUCUGACCGCGUGGUGAAGAAUGUUUAUCUAUAAAUACUCGACCUGUAAGACUACGUACGAUACAUAUCAUGUUUGUGUGAUUUAAUAUAAACUAUAUACAUAUCAUAGAUGAAUAUCUAAUUUUAGUGUGAAACGAAACAUAUCAAUAUAAAUGUAAGAGUAGGUAUAGGAAUCGUUGUUGUUCUUCGACCCCGUUUUUUGAUAUAAAUGCGCAUCAGUUUUAUUCCUUAUACAAAACUAUAUAUAUAUAUAUGUAUAAUAUAGCAUAGUUUUUACGUUAUGAUUGUUUUUAUAAAAUCAAAGUUUAUCUAUUCGAGAUGUGAUCUUCUUUAGGUAAGAUGCUACACAUUCUGGAAAAUUCCAAUGUAAUAUUACAUUAAAACCUUUUAUUGCAGUAAGUAAAGUAUUAUAUAUGAUAUGAUAUUUCCGUCCCUGAUAGGGCACUUUGUAAUUGAUCUUGUUCAAUAAAACUAGUUUUUACGGGUUAAUGCCCGAAACUUUAUUUAUAUAU